AUGGAUCCAUGUUUCAGGUGGUCACUCAUUGCCGGGAGAAUGCUGAGAAGAACAGACAAUGAAAUCAAAAAUUAUUGGAACACCAUUCUAAGGAAGAGGGCGCAAGUUGAUGACAAGAUUCAUGAACAAGGUAGUAAACCAGUAGCUCUCCAAGUGAUUCGAACCAAAGCAGUACAGUGCACAGAGGUGAAGCAAGUGAAGACUCAAACUUAUGCGAAACAUCAAGUAACUCUAGAAUCUAAUGUUGAUAAUGAAGAACAAGCACCAAGUGUUGCUUUAACAUGUGUGCAACAAGAUGAUCUUACUAAAGAGCAGCAAGAUAAAGAGAAGAUUCCACACAAAAAUAAAAUCUUAGAGGAUGCACAUUAUGUGAAAGUUAAAGUUGUUGAAUGUGCUACUGAUCAACUCUCCGUAGUGCCAAAAGAUCUACAACUUGGUGAAGUUGAAAAGAUUGAUAACACAAUGUUUCCAAUGGUUCAGAAUGAGAUUGUGCUGAUUCCACACAUUUGA